UUUACCUACUUGUUUGACAACGCAACCACUUGGGGAUCUGGCCGUAACAGGCUAUUCUUCCACGCUUUAGAGAAAAUCACCCAUUACAUGUAUUAUAUAUUUCUUGACGAUGACAUUUCUCUAACGUUCAACAGAAAAGCAACUCCAGCAAUGACACAACUCAGUCCAAUUCAAGUUUUCCAAAACUGGCUUCUGGAUUAUGAACCUGCAGUUGGUGUAGUGGACUACAGCAACAAUCCAGCAAAUUCCUUAAUUCAAUUGAAUCGGAAGAUUUGUAACAAAUCCUUUGUAACCAACACCUCCGUUGCAAGUCCGAUCAUAUUUUUCGAUCCUGUUUUCAAUGCCUUUCAUGCAAAAGCAGUCGUGCACAUAUUUCCACUGGAUACACGGUAUGAACAAGUUAACUGGUGGUUCACUGAUAAAUAUCUUUGUUCAGUAGUGGAGUUAAAGUUUCGUGGGCAAGCGCUGUUGUUUUUUCCUGUGACAGUCCAGAAUCCUCUACAUCGUCCAUAUCCGAGGUCUCUUGCUGGAGAGCAGGCAGCCUGGAGAGCAUUCAUUAAAGAUAUAAAAAGAGAUGUCCCUGAGCGAUUCGCAAAUCAUAGCCUACUUAGGAAAUUCAAAAAGGAUCCACAAUUAUACACGAGAGAAUCUCAGACUUACUGCAUGAAUGUAACCCGUCACCAGGAAAUUGUGCCAUUUGCGCACUUUACCAAAGAAGAGGAUCGAAGAAAAAAAUACAAGUAG